AUGCAAAAGUGCUUUUUCGAGGGAACCAACUCAAACAUUGCUCGGCUAUUGAAAAUUGAUCGGGAUCAACAGCUCAGUCUUCAAUCGGAGAUUUGUCCAACAACAAAUGUGAGUCGACUUCUUUUUGAGCCUCGAAGUUCGGCAUUUCUGAUCUAUAAAGUGAGCAGAAAGAUAGAAAAGCUGGACGUGAGAAGUGAAAGUCUGAGAAAAGGUAGGCUCACUCCCGCGAAUCGACAUGCCACACAUCUUGUGAAAGAAAUCGAGUAUGGAGCGCUUGCGGUUCUGCAGUUGUGCUUCACUGAUGGACCGAAUGAUUCCGAUGAAUUGCAAAAAAAGCUGAAAUCAAUUCGUGAACACUGUGAAAGCAAUUCUGAACUGCCCGAGAUUCCUGCCAACAUGCAGCUCAAUUUCCAUUGUGGAACCAAUGUGUCAGCUGCUAAAAAUAUUGUGUUCUGUUUCACGAAUACGAGACAAACUUUCUAUGAGCCGGGUGAAAGUCUCACGACACUUCGGGAAUUUUUGAGCGAUUUGGAAAAAAAGGGGCUCGCAAUUGACACCACCACAAAGAGCCUUUAUUGUUUUGAGAGCGACGCUUUCCGCUGCAUGGCGGCACGACAGAGCGGCUUCACUCUCUCCGAAAGCAUCAUUGAGUAUUGUCACGAUAUUUAUGUUAUUUCUACAGAAAGAAGCAAUGGUUACGAUGAA